AUGAGCAAAGACGUAUUCCCGCUACUGGAUAUCCAAGAGCUUGUUUUGUGUCUUCAAAGUUGCGAUUUCGCUCUCGCUAAUGAAGAAAACAUCUCGAAACCCUCUUCAAAGUACGUGGUUACUCUGUACAAACAAAUAAUCGACAGCUUCUCGGGAAUCUCGCCAGAUGCUCUAAUCAGUCAGGGAGAACUAUUAGUGGGAUCAGGUGGUGAGCGAAUCGAUGAUGAUCCUGUUUACAAGGAUACUUUGGAAAUGUUGACUCUAAAUAAGAUUUGCUUCAAGUUUUUUCAAGAUAUCGGGGUGCCAGACUUCAAUAUGAUGGAUCUGUAUAAACCAGAUGCGCUGCGCACACAACGAUUUUUGAGUGCUGUGGUCAAUUACGCGCGAUUUCGCGAAGAACGUAUGCUGGACUGUGAUCAAUUUAUGUCUCAAACAGAAUCUCUACUAGGUCAGUUGCGGCAGAAACUGGACGACUAUAAUUUUUUACAACAGCAGAUACAAAAAUAUCGAGAAAGCACGGAUUUAGCAGAUGGUGAGACACUUUCUUCGCUCGAGGCUAAUAAUCGAAAUUUAGAAAGCCAAUUGAAGAAGCUAACACAUGUCCAAGAAACGUUCACCAUUGAUUAUAAUAACUACAAAAGUGAAAAACGCAAGUUAAUGGCCCAAUUGGAAAGUCUUGGCUUUGAAUUAAUCGAAUUGGAAUUGCAGCGUGACAAACUGCGACGGUACUCAGAAGCAGAUUUACCUAAUUUAAACGCUAGCAUCCAAGAGUUAUCCAAAAUGUUCGAGGGCCAACAAACUACUUUAACAGUGCUUCAGGACAAACAUCGCAAUCUUGUAAGAUCAAUGGACGUUUUUCAGACAGUCACAUCGGAACUUUACGAACUUUUGCGGAUAAUUUCAACAGAUUUGCAAGAGUCACAUCUUCGAGAGCUCAGUUUGCUGGAAAUGAAGGAUCAGCUCGCUAAAAGCGACGCCAAACUCAGCAAUCUACUCGAGUCUGGCCUUAUUAUCAAACUAUCCAGUUUAAACGCCCAGUUGGAAAGUCGUAAGCAGAGUAUCCGUGACUUAGAGGAAUCAACACGAUCUCAACAACUCGAAAAUUCUUCAAUAUUACAAACCUUGCAAAAAGAGUACGCAGAGGAGGUAAUGCCGGAGGUCCAACGGAUCGAAGAGCAUGUAGAAAAGGAGCUGUUCGGAAAUGUGAUCAACACUCUAGAGAAAGACAUGCAAGCAUUAAGAGACGAGUUCAAGAAAGAGUCGGAAGCUAUCGAAUUAGAGUAUUCUCUUUUGGCAACUCACAUAAACAAUUACAUGAGGAGCAUGCUGGAAAUGAUUAAAUAG